AUGGCGUGCGGGGGAGGCAGCAUAUGCGAGCACGGGCGGCUGCGAUCACGAUGCAAGGCGUGCGGGGGAGGCAGCAUAUGCGAGCACGGGCAGCAGCGAUCACGUUGCAAGGAAUGUGGGGGAGGGAGCCUGUGCGAUCACGGGCAGCAGCGAUCAGAAUGCAAGAGAUGCGGGGGAGGAAGCAUAUGCGAGCACGGGAGAAGACGAUCACGUUGCAAGGAAUGCGGGGGAGGCAGCGUAUGCGAGCACGGGCGGCAGCGAUCAGGAUGCAUGGCGUGCGGGGGGGGCAGCGUAUGCGAGCACGGGCAGCAGCGAUCACAAUGCAAGGCAUGCGGGGGAGGCAGCAUAUGCGAGCACGGGCAGCAGCGAUCAGGAUGCAAGGAAUGCGGGGGGGGCAGCAUAUGCGAGCACGGGCGGCAGCGAUCAGGAUGCAUGGCGUGCGGGGGAGGGAGCAUAUGCGAGCACGGGCGGCAGCGAUCAGGAUGCAAGGAGCGAUCAGGAUGCAAGGAAUGCGGGGGAGGCCAGCCGUAUGCGAGCACGGGCAGCAGCGAUCAGGAUGCAUGGCGUGCGGGGAGGGGAGCAUAUGCGAGCACGGGCGGCAGCGAUCAGGAUGCAUGGCGUGCGGGGGAGGCAGCAUAUGCGAGCACGGGCAGCAGCGAUCAGGAUGCAUGGCGUGCGGGGGAGGCCUCAUAUGGGGAGAACAUUUGCAAGCACUACAACUACUGA